ACUAACUUGUUCUACACUAAGACUAGGAAAACAGACUAUAUGGUUCCAAAAGAUUAGGACAAAAUAAAACUUAUUCAACGUUUAAAUUGCAGCAGGAUCAGGAAUAUAUAUUAGCAAACCAACAAUGUUGGAUCCUUUUCUUCUCUAGAAUCUCUACUCCCCCCAGAUAAAUUGCAAGAGGCAGAAGGGUAUACUUAAAAUUUUCAUGUUGAAUACUUAUUAAAACCACACACGAUGUUUCUCAUCUACUCUUAUGCAGAAGAUGCUUUAAUACUUUCAAUUUUUGUGCUUCUCUUUUAUGGAGGUUGCACGGUGGCCGUAGCUAAGAAUGCAACGUUUCCAGCACUCCUUGUGUUCGGGGACUCCAUAGUGGACACAGGGACUAACAAUUACAUCCCUACAAUAAUCAAGUGUGAUUUUGAGCCGUAUGGAAGAGAUUUCCAAGGUGGAAAACCAACCGGAAGGUUUAGUAAUGGAAAGGUUCCCUCUGACAUAGCAGGUGAAAUCUAUGGCAUUAAGGAGUUGUUACCACCAUAUCUUGACCCAUAUCUGCAGCUAGAAGACCUCCUCACUGGAGUAAGUUUUGCAUCAGGUGGCGCUCGAUAUGAUCCUCUCACAGCUAAAGUAGUGUCUGUUUUAUCAUUGACGGAUCAACUGCAACUGUUCAUGGAAUACAAAGAGAAGAUAAAAUUAGCAUUAGGGGAAGAACAGAUUGCUGCUUUUAUUUCAAAAGCCGUAUUCUUUAUCUGCGUUGGAAGUGCUGAUAUUGUUAAUACUUACUAUGCUACUAUGCUCCGGAGUUUUGAGUAUGACAUUGAUUCAUACACUAAUUUAACAGUCAGCUAUGGAGCACAAUUCUUCCAGGAGCUUUAUCGGCUUGGAGCAAGGAGAGUUUUGGUUCUGGGAGUGCCGAUGCUUGGGUGCAUACCUAUACAAAGAACGCUGGGUGGAGGGGCAAGAAGAGUCUGCGCAGAUAAACAAAAUCAUGCAGCAUUACUCUUCAACUCCAAGCUCUCUUCCCAAAUUGCUUCUAUCAAGAACAAUCUUCCAGAAUUCAAAAUUGUCUAUUUUGAUACCUACUAUCCAUUUCUAUACAUCCUCCAAAACGCUGAAAAAUUGGGGUUUGAAGUGGCAAAUAGAGGCUGUUGCGGCGCAGGCAACAUAGAAGUGAGCAUUCUGUGCACCCGUCUCCAUGAUUUAGAAACCUGCAAAGACGCCUCAAAAUUCGUUUUUUGGGACAGCUACCAUCCCACAGAGAAGACUUACAGGAUCCUUACCAAUAUGGUCCUUAAUGAACACCCUCAGGAACUUCUCUGAUCUCGAGGAUUGUUACAGUUAGAAAUUUAUAUAAGCAUUAUUCGAUCAGAAGAGCUAAGUGCAAUUGGGCCCAAGUACUAGCUGCACUGGACAACAUUUCUCUUGUUUGAUGCCAAAAAGGUUCUAGCCUUUCGUUGUGUUAAAGUUCAUUACUAGCCUGAUCUUUCUCAAGAAUUAUUGUUUAACUCUCCAUGGGGAAGCCUUAUUGAGUCAGGCACCUUGAUCUCUUUCUUUUUCUCUUUGUUAACUUUUAGAUUAGAGUGUUGAAGCGUGGAAGGUUUUGGGGUAGAUUUGCUUCCAGUUGCAUCGGCUACUUUCAUGUUCCUAAACCAUCUUUGGACAUUUGUAAUACUAUUCUUUGCAGAUCCCAGAAAAAAAAAAA